CUCCCUCCAUACCCUAGUUACUCCCCACGUUCUCUUCUCUCACAAAAUGCUUCGCAACAACAUCAUCUUCCAUUGCCAUCAUUACAUACCAAAACUCCCCAUUCAUUUUCCAUUCCAAUUUUCUCACAAUUUCAAACUCUGCACCACCACUUCACAUUCCGAAUCUGAUUCCGACUCUUUCACCGUCUCCUACCUCAUCAACACCAUCGGUUUCACUCGUGAAACAGCUCUCAAAGCUUCAAAACGAAUUCGUAUCAAGUCCCCAGAAAAACCCAAUUCAGUUUUCACCUUCUUCAGAAACCACGGUUUUCCAGACUCCAGCAUUAAGAAAAUCCUCAUAAAAGAACCAUGGCUUCUUUCUACCGAUACCCACAAUUCAAUUCGUCCAAAGUUCGAAUUUUUCAUCUCCAAAGGCGUUUCACUCUCUGAAGUCGCUACCUUGUUAACGUUGAUGAUGGAUUACGGAGUUUGCGAUUCCAGCAUUGCUAGAGUGUUUCUCACAAGACCAACCAUACUUGGAACAACGGAUUUGAUUCAUACCUUGGAGGAAGUUAAGGGUUUAGGGUUUGACCCUUCAACUUCCACUUUUGGGAUAGCUUUGAUUGCAAAGAAAUGUAUGAGUAAAGCACUUUGGGAUGAGAAAGUUGAGGUCUUUAAGAAAUGGGGUUGGUCUGAUCAAGCUGUUAUUCAAGCAUUUAGGAUGCAGCCUAGUUUGAUGUUGGCUUCGAUCGAUAAGAUUAAUUUGGUGAUGAGUUUUUGGGUCGAUAGAUUGGGGUGGGAUUCCUUGGCACUUACUAGAAGGCCACAAAUAUUUGGUUUUAGUUUGCAGAAAAGGGUGAUUCCAAGGGCAUUACUUCUGCAAUAUCUUAUGAUGAAAGGUUUGAGGAAAAAGAAUGCAAGCUUAGUGGCACCAUUUACUUGGUCUGAGAAACAGUUCCUGAGCAAAUAUGUUGUCUGUUUCAAGGAUGAGUCUGAUUAUUUAUUGAAACUCUACGAGGAAAACAUGAAUCUUGCAUACACCAAGGAGAACAUUGAUAUGCCAUUCACCAAAUAGGUGAGUUCAUAAUCAAUCUGGUUUUGCAUUGCAACAUUAUCUUGUUACUUCUUAAAUUUGAGGUGAUUAUCCUUGAAAGUGACCUAGAAAGCCAUCAAAAUAUUGAACAAAAUGCUGUUUACACGCUUAAUAUGUGAUUUGAAGGCUUGUAAUUUUGCAAAUUAUAUGAGAGCCAACUGAUCCCAAAGAUUGAGCACAACAGAAAAACUUUCUGGUUUCUCAUGUUGUUUUGUUGAAGAGUCCGAUAUUGUUUUCCAAUGUAUCACCGCCUCUACUUUAUUGAUGUAUCUCUUGUUAAAUUGAGGUUUAACUUUUUCUUUUUUUCUUACUUUUAAGAAUUUUUACCUUGAAAAUAACCAUGUUGGAUUAUUGAAUGAGAAAGGUGAAAUGAUGUUUCAUCUAUCCAGUAUAUUUGGAGUUUUUCCACAAUAUCUAUUUGACUCUAAUGGAUAUUAUGAACUUGUGGUUAA